UAGAAAUAAAAUAAUAAGACGAAAAUGUUGAAAUUCAAAACUAUUUUCAUCUUAUUUUUUGCUGCUACUGUCUGUUUAAUUAACGGGCAAAACAAUAACAACAAUAAUAACAACAACAACAAUAAUAACAACAACAACAACAACAACAACAAUAUUAAUAACAAUAAUAACAAUAACGUUAAUAUCAAUGAUAAUGUUGGGUGGUGGAGUCCAUUCACAAAUUCUUUGUAUGGAUAUUGUGGGAAUCGCAUGUUUGAUCCUUUCGCAGAGAUGUGCUGCAAUAACAUAGUAUUUUCAAAGCAACCUUUUAUACGAUGUUGUGGCAUGGCAACGUACAACAUUUUCACACACUAUUGCUUUAACAAUGUGCUUUGGUCAGCUACACAGCCAAAAUGUGGAAACCAAUAUUUUGAUCAAAUGAAGCAAUUCUGUGUAAACAACCAACUAUACACUCAUGCAGAUUUUGUCAAUUGUAAUGGAAACGCCUUUAGAAAAAUUUGAGCAACUCCUUUAAAAACAACCUUUUUAUAUGAAAUUGUUAUCAAAAUAUAGUAAUGGUGUUAAAUUUAAGACAUAAUUGAGAAAAAAUUGUUAUAUCUGUCACUUUUUUUA